GCAACGAAGCAAAACAUCGAUAUUUUCGAUGCGUCGAUGUUUUUCCGACUUCCCUAGCUGGAAUCAGUUGGUGUAGUAAUAAGCGGAAAAAGUUGAAUAAGGAAAUAGAUUUAGUAAUUUUUUGAUAACCAAAAGUGCAAAUAUUGUGAAAAUGUGCGGAGGAUUUACCUGCUCGAAAAAUGCGCUAAUUGCGUUGAACAUUUUGUAUGUGAUGGUGGGAUUCCUGUUGAUUGGAGUUGGCAUUUAUGCACGUGCCGCCUCCAUAGUCACAAAUUUACCGAUUGUGGGUGGAAUUUUAGCCUGCGGUGUAAUAUUGAUAUUAAUUUCCAUACUUGGACUGGCAGGUGCAGUGAGGCAUCACCAAGUUAUGCUAUUUUUCUACAUGAUUAUCUUGUUUAUUCUAUUCAUCAUUCAAUUCUCCAUUGCAAGCUCUUGUUUAGCUGUCAGUUCUGAACAGCAAAAAGAGUUCGCUGAAGAAGGCUGGAAUAAUGUACCGGAUUCUAUGCGAAAACAAGUGCAAGAUACUUUUCUCUGCUGUGGCUUCAACUCAACUAAUACUGGAAUGUCCUGUGAAGCUGUAAAUAAACAAUGUUGUCCUAAUUUAAUUAGUGUUUGCUCGUGCGCACCUUGCUUACCCGCAUUGGAGGAUAAGAUCAAUUAUGCUUUUAAGUUAUGUGGCGGUUUGGGCAUUUUCUUCAGUUUCACUGAGUUUAUUGGAGUUUGGCUUACAGUGCGUUAUCGAAAUCAAAAAGAUCCACGCGGUUUGCCGAGUGCAUUUCUAUAAAGUCUUAUGCACCACAAGAGCGUAUUCAAUCAAUAAUGAAUAACGUACUAACAUAUACUAAUACGCGUUCAUACAUAAUAUAGAAGCCAUCUGAUUUCUAUAAAUCAUCUCUUGAUUAUAUAAAAAACGAAACCAUCGUUUUAGGUUUUGAAGCAUUUAUAUAUACAUAGGUACAUGUAAAACAUUCCUACAUAAUUAAGAUAAAAAAAUCAUAUUCCCACACAAACAUACAAUAUUUGUUAAAAUGUGCUAAAAGCGUACACAUAUAUGAAAAUACAUAUUUAUAAUGUCAGUGUUCACCCUUCCCUGGUUAUCAGGUUAUAUGGUUAAAAAU